CUCGGAUUAGUUUUAUUGUACUGUUCCCCGGAGUGCCUUUGUGGAGUCCUCUGUACUGAAGUGAGGAAGAUUUCUGAGAUUAAAUAACAGUAAAGAGCAUUUCAAACAGCACUGAAUUCACCAAUCCGUUACAGAAUACAGCCGCAAACAUGAAAAACAACGCCCUCGUCACUCACACACAUCAUUCCCCAGGACACUUUACUGAUCAUUUGCUGUAAAGGGUAAUAAUCUGUUUAUAAAACCGCCAGCAAAGCGAAUCACUCCUCUCCAUAUCUUAUGAACCGCAUCGGCUCGGUGUACUGGCUUCAGGCGCGCGGAUGGAUACGUCAACGAUUCACGCCACGAAGCCGAACAAGGCAACGGAAGAAGCCUAGAAACAAAAAGCUAGGAAAACUCUGAGCUAGCUUCGACUGAUAAGAGCGUUUUUUUUCCACUAGAGAUCAACCCCAGAGAGGAAAUUUACUCGAUAUUAAAAGAGAGAAAACGGCAGAUUUAAGACUUCACGGAUCUAACUUAGAGACUAAGAGAGGUGUAAUCCGGCCGCGGACGAAGAACAAGAAGAAGAAGAAGAAGAAGAGAAAAAAAACCCAACAACAACAACAAGCGCGCGCGCGACACACACUGAGAAAGAGAGAGAGAGGGAGAGAGAGAGAGAGCGCGCGAGCUUCCUGUGUGUUUCAACCGGCCUCCAUUUUGUCUCCUCGCCCAGCCUGCGCCUCACGUGUCCCGGACUUGUCUCUCUCACAUGACCCUCGUGUUUGUCCCCGUGAUCAGCGCCGCCGCCGUCUCCGCGUUUCAAGUGUUGCCGAAUAUCGCGUUUAAAAAAAAAAAGAGAGAGAAUCGCUCACCUUCAUGGAUAUGCUCGAACAGAGCCUGGACGCUCAGACGAGUCACGAGAAACAGGAAACUGACGAGGUUGUUCAGUUGCAGGAAGGAGAGGGAGUCGGGGCAGAGGAACCAGCGGCGGUUACCAUAGCGAGCGCCCAGCAAGCCGCAGUAUUUGCUGACAAUGUCCAGUACCAGUUCCGCACAGAAAACAGCAGUGGGCAGGUGACGUAUCGCGUCGUCCAGGUAACAGAAGACCAAUUGGAAACAGCUGGAGAUGGAGGAGCUGCGGUCAGUGUCGUGUCCACUGCCGCCUUUGCUGGAGCCCAGCAGGCGGUUGCACAGGCUGUUAUCCAGAACCCUUUCAGUAAUGGAGGCAGUCCGGCAGGUGAGACGGUUGGGGGUGAGACGCGUUUCGCUUACUUCCCCGCUGCUACUGUCAGCGAUGGUACAGCAACCGCAGUUUCAGUGCAGGCAGCCGCUGAUGCGACUCUUGCACCAGCAGCAGGUCAGUUUUACGUGAUGAUGAGCCCUCCAGAUGUGUUACAAACAGGCACGCCACGGACCAUCGCCCCUCGCACACACACUUAUUCCACGAAGAUGGAUGGAACGAGAGCACCGCGAGAUGAGAGGAGGAGAGCGCAACACAAUGAAGUGGAAAGAAGAAGAAGAGACAAAAUCAACAACUGGAUAGUCACACUGUCAAAAAUCAUCCCAGACUGCAACAUGGACAACACCAAAACUGGAGCGAGCAAAGGAGGGAUCCUGUCUAAAGCGUGCGAUUACAUUAGAGAGCUCAGGCAGAGCAACCAGAGGCUGCAGGAGAGUUUCAAAGAGGUGGAGAGAAUACAGGUGGAUAAUGAGCUCUUAAGACAACAGAUCGAAGACCUGAAGAAUGACAAUGCACUGCUCAGAGCCCAACUCCAACAGCAUGGCCUUGAAAUCAGUGGAGAAACCAUUUCGCAGUGACGGACAGUCACACACAUAAUGGAAUACACACACCUCCACAAAACCACCUCACAGACUUGAGAUGUUUGUUAACCUGAUAGAAUAAUAAUGGCUAUCUGAUAUUAACAGAGGUUAUCAGAGAAACUAUUGAACAAUAGUUAAUAAGCACAUCUACUGUUCCACCUGUGAGAGCUUGACCUACACGGACGCGGCGACAAACGGAAACGCACCCCAACAUGUGACGAAAAUGGGCUUGCAUUGGACUAACUUGUCAUUUUUUUUGUUUGAGUUUUUGAAUUAUGAUGAAUUUAAAUUCUCAACAAUGCCUCAUGAUCAUAUUUUGUUUAAAGCUGUGGUGGUUUUCCUGUUUUUUUUCCCCCCAAUGGAAUUUCUUUGUAAUUAUUACUGCUGUCUCCAGUAUGUUAUAUUGUUUUGUCAGCAUUAUUUAUUAGCUCACAGAGAAGUACACAACAGGAAUCCUUUGUUUUGAAGCUUGAAUACCAUCAAGCCAGUUGUCUUUCACAUUUAAAAUGCUUUGCAGUUCAUUCGAGCAAAUUUCCUUUGUUCCUGGGUCCAGUUACGGCCUAGUUCUUUAAGCAGUUUCUAAGAUUAUGUUCAUCAGAUAUAUCGAAGUUGUGGCUGAGGUGUAGAUGUACUUGGCAAUUACGAUUGUAGUAUAGGGUCAGAAUUUAAUCAAACAAAUGAUGUACAUACAGCUCAGGGUUGACAAAGGAAGCUCUGUGGCACAGGAAUGAUAGACAUCAACUGGUUGUCCCGUAUUCUGAAUCCGUUCGGUCUCCCAUGCCACCAUUUUCUAAAUGAGUCCUUAAUAUGUCCACACUAAAAUAUAUUAAAACAUCAUAGCCAGAGUGGCUUGAGCUGACUUGAGAAUUCAGGCAUGUACUGUCUCAAAAACCAUCCCCCAGGAUAAAUGUUGUACUGAACAGAACAUAACUGAUGGUCGCAAGUAGGAGGCAACGCUAACCUACUUAGAAAUGCUUCCCUAUAACCACCUCUCCCACCUGUACCUGCCUUAAACAUUGCAAAAUUGCUUUGCGUGGUAACAUAGAAAUGAAUAAAUUUAGUGGAAACCGUA